AUGAUCCUGGCUCGGAUGGUGAAACUGGCGUUGCCUUGGGACCUGUCACUUUGGUUUCUGAUUAUCUUACAGCCUUACGUUGAAAACGAGUCAGCGCAACUGCAUGAUGGUGAUGGUUCAUUCUAUUCUAUCGCGCGCGAAAGAGCAAUUGCGCAGAAAAAUUUUCUCAACGAUGACAAUCAUGUCCUCAUUCUCUUUAGCUUCUGCUCUGUUGGCUUGACUCCUUUUUUUUUUUAUUUGGUUUGCCGCUUCUCUUGUUUCUUUCCUCUCAAUUUCCCCCCCUUCUCAAUCCAGUCCAUUGAACUUACCUGA